CUUCCUGAGCUCUGCAUGUGCUCGACUGCAGUGAGUUCAGAUGUGUUCCAGCAGGGUAGCGUGAAGAGCGUUUCCCAAAAGAAAAAGUUCAAAUGAAGAAAGAAAAGUUGAGCUAGGCUCGAAUAGGCGGCUGGAAAAGGAAAAAGAAUGGGCUCCCUGCCGAGCGGUUCUGCGUCUCCCCUCUUGCCCGCCCUGCUGGCCUUCUUUUUCUGGGGCUUCUCUUGCGUCUUGACCGAGGAUUUGAGGGAGCGAGACUCGCUGUGCAAUGCGGACGGCUGCUUGGUGGUUUACUUCCAGCGAAAGACCUUCUUGGACUCAUGGAGGGCCUGCAAGGAGAAAGGUGGCAACCUGGCCACCCUAAAGCGCGAGGUGGACGCCGCCGCCGUCCGCGCUCUCUUCGCCACCGUGGACUUGCGGCACUCACGCACCAAGGUCCAAGUAUGGAUCGGCCUGCAGCGGCAACCUCGCCAGUGCACCGCCACGCGACCUCUUCGCGGUUUCUCGUGGACGACGGGUGACCAGGACACAGAAUACACCAACUGGCAGAGAGAGUACUCGCACACCAUGUGCUCGGUGCCCCGCUGCGUGGUUAUGGGGUACAACACUCAGGAGCCAAGUGAGAACUUUAAAUGGCUGGAUGGGUCCUGUUCUGUGCCUGUGGAUGGUUAUCUGUGCCAUUAUGCUUACAAAGGAAUGUGUCCUGCAUUGUGGAGUGAGGGCUCGGGCAACGCCUUCUAUGCCACGCCUUUUGACCUUCUAAGCACCCUUCUGACCCACAUCCCCUUGGGCUCUGUGGCGACUGUGCCCUGCGAGACAGAACAGCAGUCGGUACUGUGUCUGGUGAGGGAAGACGGUACAGUGGGGUGGUCCAGAGAUGCCCCUCUCUGUUCUGACCCUCCGGCGUCGCAGGACUGGUGCCAGCAGAAUAACGGCGGCUGCGAGCAUUUCUGCAAGCAAGCCGGCGCACACUCCUACUGCGAGUGCGCAGAGGGCUAUCAGUUAGGAGAUGACGGCCAGAGCUGCCUACUCUCCGACGCUUGUCAAGAAGCCAACUGCCAGUUUGAGUGCGUGCCUCUUUCGGAGGGGUACCGCUGCGCCUGUCCCGACGGCUACAUGCUGGCUCCAGAUGAACACGGCUGUCUGGACGUGGACGAAUGCCUCCAGAGUCCCUGCGAGCAUCGUUGCGUCAACUCUCCCGGGACCUUUGAAUGUCGCUGUCACGAGGGUUUCCACCUCGACGACGAUGGCGUCUGCGAGGACCUCGACGAGUGCCUCAGCGAUCCAUGCGAGCAUGCCUGCGAGAACACCGACGGCUCCUUCAUUUGCCACUGCCGUUUGGGGUUCUCACCACAGCCCGAGGACCCCAGUCGGUGCCAAGACACAGACGAGUGCCAGAUAGCGGGAACCUGCGAGCAAAUGUGCGUCAACUAUGAGGGUGGCUUCGAGUGCUAUUGUGAGGAAGGGUACCAACUCGUCUUGUCUCAUUCGUUUUUAUGUCAGAAGGUAGGUGACCAAGCCGUCGCCGCCCCACCCUAUCCUUGGCUCACACCCCAGCCUGGACCUGUAUGGGAUCCUGUGGACUAUGAGUGGCCCCCACCCCACGGCCAAACCGAUUGGGACCCGGAGGGGGAGCAGUCGCUCGACUGGUUGACGGACCCUCCUAAAGUUUGGGGUUCUGAUGUGAUUUGGGUGACUAGCGCACCACAGGAGGACAUUUUUCAGCCGCCACCAGAGACUGCGACACAGGAGGAAGCUACAGAUGGCCAUGCUGACCUUUUGUCAACCGCCAUCACCACCACAUCUGCACCCACACCAUCUACUAUCGCCACCACCACUCUGGGCUUUUAUGAAGAUGAGGCAGAGGAAGAAGAGCAGGAGACCACUCCUUUCCCCUUUUCUUCUACCUCUACAAUCUCAGAGGGAGCUUGGAAUUGGUGGGCGGGAUUCCCAACUGUGAUCCAGAACCAAGGAAAUCCAGAGGAUAAAGUCACAGCGUCUGACAUGCUUACUGAUUCCAGCUACCACAAUAGAUCCCAGGAAGAAAAACAAUCCCGGGAGGAAGAAAAGCAGGGGGAGGACGUGGACGACGUGGCGACCACCCACAAAGCUGCGCCCGCUCGGGUCACUUCCUCUCAGCCGCCCACGGUCACGAACUCCGAUGCCGUCCAGGAGGGCAGGGAGCCGGAUCAGAGUAGGACCUGGCUGCUCGUGGGCCUCUUGGUACCCAUCUGCAUCUUUGUUGUGUUAAUGGUGGUCCUGGGUAUCGUCUACUGUACCCGCUGUGCUGUGCGGCCUCGGAGCAAGACCGGCGCCGACUGCUACCACUGGAUCUCCGGUGCUCAUGACAAACAGGGGGCUCCUGGCCCUUCAGUGGGGGUCAAGAACCAUGUUUAAAUCGAGAGCACCCCAAAUGGCCUCACAUAAACACAUUCAGAUGUGAAAAGGCAUCCUGAUUGGAACAAGUUGACUAUUGGUGGAAGCCUUUUGGCAGUGUUGAAUAUGCGCUUUAAUAUAGGAAGUGAGAGACACUGAAAACGUUUUUUUUCUUUGUGGUGUUGCUUUUCUUGUAGGGUGCAUACACCGACCACUUGAUUUGUUUCCCCACUUCACAACUGAAGACAAGUGUCAGCCGCGUUCAUUAUCGAUGAUUUUGAGGUACGGUUUGCUCACAAGUGCACUAAACGGGGAAUCGUGCACAUUGUCAUUUUUCUGUCAGCGCUAUUGUUCGAGGCCGAAAGUUCCAUUGUCAAUUCUCGAGUCUUGCCGUGGAUCAUUUUCUUCCUCGACACAAUUGGCCGUGAAAGCCCUGCGAAAUGCAAAGGAACGUACACAAUGUUGACUUUACGAGCAAUUUUUCUUCCCUUUGUGGUUAGCCUUAAAAAAAAAAAAAAAAAAAAAAAAAAAGUUUGGCGUGCAGAUGUGUGAAGGGUUGAAUGUUGGAAGGGUGGCGCUUCAUUUUUUUUUUUAACCUUGACUUUGGCCGUCGGUCACACCGUCACCCUAAUUCGUCAGAACCCGCCCCUCCUCUCCACCUCACCUCCCCGAGCCUGAAAUGUUUUCCAGCCAUGUUGAAUCACAUGCAGCUGUUUGAGAAUGAAGACAACCGCAAGUGCUCUUCGAACACUUCGAACAAAUGCGCACGUUACAAACAAACGCAUUGAAAUUUGCAUACGAUUUGGCCGGGAGUGGUUUCACUUAUUCACGUUGACCAAUAACAUGUUGAUCUCUGUUGUAUUCCUUGACUGUGAAUGGAAAAAUAAUAAAAAUGUCGUUUUGAUAUCAUU